UCCUAACGUUGUCAAAUAUCGCGGUAGUUGCCUCCCUAAUCACUACGUAAUGUGCCGUGCUGCUUCUAGCGGCGCUGGUGACAGUGCUGAAAGCUGUUGGGUAUGAACUGAAACGGAACAGAAUUUUUGUACCAUCCGCAACUGCUUCAAGUUCAGGUCAUAACAAAGAAACUGAAGAUAAACCUCCCAAAACGAGCAAAGUUGCAACACUGAAGACACGUAGAAAACAACGGAUCACUUCAACGGUCUAAAACACAAGAAGUAACCAAAUCCUUAAAUGACCAAAGAAGACGCACAUCAGCCCAAUUGAAACACAGAAGAGAAGCAAUCCUACGCCCAAGCAUAUUCUGAGAAGACUAACUGAUCUGAAACCAGAAGUCUGUGCCUACUCAACAGCUUUGACAAAGCACACGUCCCAACGCUGCUCCUAGCCCUCUUCAUCCUCACCACACCACCGACUCACCACCGGGGUGUGGAGUGGGCUGCUAUCUGCUAGUUUUAUUUCCCCCCCUUCCAUAGUUCCCCUCCCCAUCCCCCAUCUUUCCCUUUCUCUACUCCUCCCAAUGAUUUCAUUGCAAUUUUUUUCUAAGCAGUGUUAUUGCACCUGCGUUUGCCUUUUUUGCGCUAGAGUUCUCCCCCCUUUUUUGCUUUAUGCAACCAUCUAGAACUUGUGCCAGAAACCUGUAACGUGUGUGUGUGUGUGUGUGUGUUGAACUGUGUGCGUGAUAAGAUCUGCAGGAACUGCAUAGUCAUCGAGGUCCUGAGAAUUACAAGAUUCAAGACAACGAAUAAAGACAUCCAGCGGUCUAUCAUUGGGUGGUUACAAAAAAUAGAACUUAACAGUCAAGCAAAACUAUAACAAGUAAUCAAGUUCAGCAAGUGCUCGAGCAAGUUUGGUCCGAGUUUAUGGGAAAAUAUGGGGAGCCCCUGGAAAGGCUUUGUUGAGUUUACCUUGCCUGCGUCGCCACCCACUGCAUUUGUUAGCGCUGACCUGAGCAGCACCUCCCCUGUCGGACUCAGCCUGUCGCCAUAUGGCCGAUCUAUGAGUUUCGACCCAGGCAUGCUCCAUAACAAUGGACAUACUGCGUACGCCAAUGGCACAGGGCCUGGCAUUAGAGAGACUGGUGUGGUGGAGAAGCUUCUGACUUCCUACGGGUUCAUCCAGUGCUCCGAACGUCAGGCUCGUCUCUUCUUCCACUGCUCCCAGUACAAUGGCAACCUGCAGGAGCUUAAAAUAGGAGAUGAUGUAGAGUUUGAGGUAUCCUCUGACAGGCGCACUGGCAAGCCCAUAGCAGUGAAGCUGCUAAAGAUAAAGCCAGAGGUGCUGCCAGAGGAGCGCAUCUCGGGCCAGGUGGGGCCAGACCUGCACGCCUAUCCCUUUACUGUGCUGCAUGGUUAUAUUCAUCCAGUUGUCUCUGCAAUCCCAGUGCACUUGGAUGGAAAGUCUGCACCCGGCCAGGUGCCCACUGGCAGUGUUUGUUAUGAAAGAAAUGGGGAAGUGUUUUACCUUACCUAUACUCCUGAUGAUGUGGAGGGGAAUAUCCACCUGGACACAGGAGACAAAGUCAGCUUUUAUAUGGAAACCAACAAGCAUACUGGUGCAGUCAGUGCUCGUAAUAUUCAACUUGUGAAGAAAAAGCAAAUGAGGUGCCAGGGUGUGGUGUGUGCUACAAAGGAGGCCUUUGGAUUCAUUGAGAGGGCAGAUGUGGUGAAGGAGAUCUUCUUUCACUACAGCGAGUUCAAGGGUGAUCUGGAGGCUCUGCAGGCUGGAGAUGAUGUUGAGUUCACCAUCAAAGACCGGAAUGGUAAAGAAGUAGCCACAGAUGUAAGGCUGCUCCCCCAAGGAACAGUCAUCUUUGAGGAUAUCAGCAUCGAGCAGUUCGAAGGCACUGUUGUUAAGGUCAUUCCCAAGGUUCCCACCAAAAACCAGAACGACCCUCUACCUGGCCGCAUCAGUUCCCGGAUUGGUUUUGCUGACAAGGAACUGCCGUUUGGCGAGAAAGACACAAAGUCCAAGGUGACCCUUUUGGAGGGAGACCACAUACAGUUCAACAUCUCCACCGACCGCAGAGACAAGCUGGAGAGGGCUACCAACAUCGACAUCCUCCCAGACACCUUCGACUUCACCAAGGAGACCCGUGAAAUGGGGGUGAUUGCAGCUAUACGCGAUGGCUUUGGCUUCAUUAAGUGUGUGGAUCGGGAUGCCAGGAUGUUCUUUCACUUCAGUGAAGUCCUGGAGGAAAGCCAACUGCACAUUUCAGAUGAAGUGGAGUUCACUGUUGUGCCUGUAGGUCCUGUUUAUAAGCUUUUCACAAAAGAUAUGCUAUCCGCUCAGAGGAACCAUGCAGUGCGCAUCAAGAAGCUGCCAAAGGGCACAGUGUCCUUCCAUACCCAGUCUGAGCAACGCUUUAUGGGUGUGGUGGAGAAGGAAGUUGUGGCAACCACCACCAAGAAUGCAAGUCCCACCAAGAACAAGGAAAAGAAAAAAGACAAGGCUAAAGUUGUAGAAAAGGAAGCUGAGGAAGGAGUGAUUGCCUAUGAAGACUGCGGAGUGAAGCUCACCGUGCCAUACCAUAACAAGGACCUAGAGGGGGGAGGAUACCCACAGGUCGGAGACAAGGUGGAGUUCUCCAUCAACGAAGUGAAGCGAACUGGCCAGCAGAGCGCCGUCUCCAUUAGGGUCCUCAACCGUAAUGCCUCCAAUGCCAAGAGACUGCUUGGAUUUGUUGCCACACUGAAGGACAACUUUGGCUUCAUUGAGACCGCAAAUCAUGACCAGGAGAUUUUCUUUCACUAUAGUGAAAUGUGUGGAGACCUGGAGAACUUGGAGCUGGGCGACACAGUGGAGUACACGCUCUCUAAGGGAAAAGGAAACAAAGUCAGUGCUGAAAAGGUUACCAAAGUGGCUGCAGUGAAUGGCAUUAGUGAGGAUGUUGGUGCGACGGCGAUGAUGGGGAAAGUUAUCCGUCCCUUACGCAGUGUGGACCCUUCCCAGACUGAAUACCAAGGGCUUAUUGAAGUCACAGAGGAAGGUGCAACUAAAGGUCAGAAUUAUCCCUUUGGAAUCAUGGGUAUGUCAAACAAGGCCGAUUGUCUGCAGAAAGGAGAACUUGUUAAGUUCCAGGUUUGCACAGUAGCCCAAACUGGUCAGAAGAUGGCCUGUAAUGUGGUCCCUCAGCGUAGAGCCAUGGUGGAGUGUGUCAAAGACCAGUUUGGCUUUAUCACAUAUGAAGUGGGUGAGAGCAAGAAGCUGUUCUUCCAUGUAAAAGAAGUGCAAGAUGGCCUAGAGCUCCAGACCGGGGAUGAGGUGGAGUUCUCGGUUGUCCUCAAUCAACGCACAGGAAAAUGUAGUGCCUGCAACGUACGCAGAGUCAGUGAGGGGCCUAAACAGGUGGCCACUCCGCGUCCAGAUCGUCUGGUAAACCGAUUAAAGAGCAUCACUCUUGACGACUCCAGUGCUCCUCGCCUGGUGAUUGUAAGACAGCCCCGUGGUCCUGACAAUUCAAAGGGCUUUAAUGUGGAGCGCAAGACUCGCCAGCCUGGUGUCAUUGACUGAGCAAUACAGAGCCCACCCUGUUGUUGUUGGUGGGAUGCUGUCCCAAGGGGCAACAGGGGCUAAGGGAAUUUGAUUUGACACAUGCUUGUACACACAAACUCAUACAUAAGACAUACUCACACAUACAGUAAUCGGCAUGUGUAAUCUUUAUCCCCAUCGAUGCCUGCGAGGGAACUUUUCUCAUGCCACAGUUCCCUGCAUCCCAUGUAUGAUGUGCUUGAUACAGAGUUCCACACUGCAGUGUACAUGGGGUCUUUGAGUGUGUGUGUUUGUGUGUGCGUGCGUGUGUGUCCUGUAUCCUAGAAGUGAUUUAUAGUGUGUAACUGAGGUAUUUGUUUCUGAGGGUCUUGUCCCUCUAAAUCAGAGUGAUGACUGUGUGGCUGUCUGUCCUUUUUUGAAUCUGCUUUGUUUGGAAUUCUGCACCUGUAAUCUGUCCAGUAGUUUGACUGGGUGAAUGAGUGUGACUGUUGGCAUGUCUUUUGAGCAUCUGCUCCCCUUUUUUCUUUUUUUUUUUUUUUUUUCUUCUUCUUAUUUUUGCUCCUUUUACCCAUGGAAACUUAAAAUGGUGUCACUGACAAGUUUCCACUACUGUAUGCUUUCUUAAAAGAUGCAUAAAGCAAAGCAAACUUCCCUCCAUAAGGAGGAUCAUAUUUUUCAUGUGCGGGCUUAAACUGAGGAUUCUUCUCUGCUCGGUUUUUUUGAGCAGUUUUUAAAACGCUUUAUUGAAGAGCUGAAGUGAAAGCAUGGUGUUUGUUUUGUGUGUGUGUGAUUGAUGUACGUUAAUGUCAAGGUAGUUGAUCUAAUGGGAUUUACUUUUACCAAUCUGGAGCCUUUAGAUACCUUUUUGGUAUUCACAUGCUCCACUAAAGCAAUUUUUUUUCCCAGGUGCAGAGUUCCAUGUGGCAUCUUAUAUCUACAGUUCUUUUAUACUAUUUUUUUUUUUUUUUUUUUUUCUUUUUUUUUUCUUGCACAUAUUUUUUUUUUUUCCAUUGAAACUCAAUCUGCUAAUAUUGAAUAAAGUAAGAAUAAGGUGCCUAAAAACUACAAGCAAAAUGAAAAAAAUUAGAUGCAUCCUCUGUUCCCAGCCAAACCACCAAACAUUCAGAACAAUCUUAGGGUGGCUUUCUUUUCUAGUAGAAAUGAUACUGAUAUGCUUCCCAAACAUGUGGGUUGAAAUAUACUGUAUGUAAUGUGUGCUUUUUUUGCUUAGUGAAGGUUCAUUGAAACUUCAGAUAUAACAAAACAAAUUUAACUUAAAGAAGGAGAAAAGUAUUAGAAAAUCAGUUGGGAAAAAAAGCAUUAUAAAAUCAGGCUACCAGUUAUUGUGCGCUGGAGACAUGGUGGGUGAGCGGUUGUGCCUCUGCACAUUAAGUUACAGUCUAAAUUAAUUUCAACUUUGGAGAUCACCGGGUUUCUGAACCACAGACAGAGGUUCUCAUGUACUUUUGUUAAUGGUCUUGAAUGAAACAAAUGAAAUAAAGUUUUAUGAAAAUCAU